GGCACGACAAGCCAGCUAUCAAAGACGCAGCUUUUGUCUCCCGAGUCUCGAUCGCUACAGGUCGUUUUAGACGCUCUUUGCAAAAUCGAUGCCGUGCUCCUUACCUCUAUCACGCCAUAACCUGGAUUCUUGCACAAUACCUGCAGCUUACGCCAUUUUCCCAACAGAACCGAAGUAUCCUGCUCCUUAGGCUUCACCACUACGCCCAAGAUUCCGUGAUCGAAGCUCAUUCGCUGUUCUGAGCUUUUCUCGUAGCUCUGUCUUCACUUUGGAACUGCAUACCUCCAACCAUUGGUUCUAAUCUCUUCCCGACUCGAUAUCUACCGUCGCCGAAGGGCUAUCAGACUUUGGAAUUCCAGGAUCGCUAACGAGAAUCGCGAUCCAGGCUCCUUGACAUGACCCGUCCCAAUUCCGGGCCUGCGGAUACCAUAUGUUUUCCCACCAAACUAUGAAGCUAUGGCAUCGCACAAUCACGAUCAAAAUGGCAAUUCAGGAUCCCUUUCCACUUCCUCGGACAUAACUCCAGAGUCUGCAGCGCAAUCGCGUCCUCCGCGGCGGCAAUCUAGUGUACGGUUUUCCGAGAGCACGAAGGUGCGCUCCCAAGCCCCGAUGUCGUCCUAUCGACGAACCCCCAGCGAGUCGGAUGAAAUCACGCCCAUUCGAACUGCAGACGGGCAGUCAGAUCGUCGGUAUAACACUACCGAAGAAGGGACUCCCCAAAGCACUCUCGGCUCUUCAACGGUGGGCUCCUCGACCCUCGCAGGCUCUGGCCAGGAAGAGGAACAGGAUGGUGGACAGAAAGAUCCCAAACACUCCUGGGCACCACAAUGGCUGAGGAAGAUUCCCGAGAAAUAUGGUUCAGUGACAUUGGAGAAUAAGGGAUCUGUGGCCCGGGACCAUCUUGCUCUAGAGAGAACCUUCCUCGCCUGGCUGAGAACCAGCUUAGCGUUCGCGAGCAUCGGCAUUGCAAUCACCCAGCUCUUUCGGCUCAACACCACGAUCCAGAGUCGCAGCGAGUCUCUCAGUAUACGACAAACACUACCCCUUUCACCACUUGUCGGGCACUCGAUGCCGGCGGAGCUACUACCCUUUCUUCAACAAUUCGCCGCAUCGGUUGCUGGGGCCCCCCCGUCAACCCCUACUCUAGGCCCUACCCUCCUCGACCAACUCCUUCUCCUUCCGCCGCGCGAUCUCGCCAGCACCGAUGCUUCUAAUGACUAUUCGAACGACGGCGGCGUCGAGAUCGCCGCAUUCAACGAUGGUGCUGCUACGAAGCUGCGUCAUGUUGGGAAACCGCUCGGAGCAACAUUCAUUGCAAUCUCAAUUGUCAUCUUGUUCAUCGGCUUCCAUCGCUACUUCGAGGCCCAGCACUGGAUCAUACGCGGCAAAUUUCCAGCAAGUCGGGGAAGCAUUUUCGCCGUGUCAUUUAUCACGGGAUCCCUCAUCAUCGCGAGCUUCGUCGUGGUGAUCGCAAUAUCAUCGACCAGUUAUGAGAAGAAAAAAUAAUAUCCAUGUAUGCCAUGUACUACAACGGGCGGACAGCGGCAAUGCUACAUCCUCAGUUUGAUGUUUGCGUGGACCGGCGCAGUGACGACGGGUUGUUUGACUGUUGGUAGGACUGCGAGCGUCGGAGUUCCAGUUCUGUUCGGAUUCAUGGCGGGAAAACACUGAUACUUCCUGAAUGGAUAAGCCGAGCCAAUGUGGCUCAACUUUAUCCCCCCCUUGUGCGGCUAAAAGGAGUUUCUCAUAGGGAGGUAUUGCCACAUUGAAAUGAAAAGGGAUGGAGCGCGACAUUGCCCAACGCGGUAACAGCAGUCUGCUUUGGUUCGCGAAUUUUAUGGCGCGUGUUCUAAUUGUGUAGGGUGCAUGUACUCGGUGCAAGGACCUCAAAUAACGCGUUGUGCUCGGCACAUUACCAUGAUGGCGGUAAUUGGGGCCUGGGGAACAAGCACGGAGUACUUGAGCACGGAAGUGCGUAAGGGGGAGUUUGUCAUGUAGUGAUAUGUCUCUGUGUCAAUUCUUCCUACAUCCGAG